AAGUUCGACAAACCGUCUGAUCUUCAGGCGCACAUGCGGGUCUCCGCAUGCUGAGCACGCAGCGCUGCCUCUGCCUCUGCCUCUGCGUCUGCCUCUCACCGCGCGGUCUCGUCCACGACAGUGUGGAGGCACAGCGCCGCUGCGUGGAUAGACGCGGGAGUGUCCGGCGCUCCGUCCUGCCUGGCGGGCUGAGGGAGGGAGGAUUGGAGAGGAGGCGCACAGGGGACUGCAGCAGCGGCUCCACUCCUCACCCACUCCUUCCCUCUUCAAGUUAUUCUGCUCUUUUUCAUCUUCGUUUUAUUUUCACCCCGCGAUGAAGGCUUAGGAGAACUUAACGAAAUUAUUCAGGGCGAUCUGUUUCGGAAAUCCUGAAGGAGGAGAAGAAGAAGUUGUGACUGGGCGUGGGUGAGGAAGAAGAGGAGGAUGAUGCUGACGAAGGUCAUUGCUCUGUGCUUCCUGUAUGGAACUGCAGUCUAUGGCCAGGUCCCCGCAUGCCACGAAAAGCCAGAAUGUCCCAUCGACUUGUACUUCCUCAUUGACACAUCGGAGACUAUUGCUCUUCAGGAGAACCCGCCAGGCAGCUUGGUAGAGAGCAUCAAAGAUUUCACCAUUGCCUUUGCUCAGAAGCUGGAGGACCAGGACUACAGGGGCCUGGUAAAGAUCAGCUGGUCUGUUGGUGGCCUCCACUUCUCUAUGACGCAGCAGACCAUCAGUACCUUAACCAACAAGAAUGAGUUCAUCCAGAGGGUGCGAGAUAUCAAGUACUUAGGCAAGGGCACUUUCAUAGACUGCGCCAUCACCAAUAUGACUAAAGCAAUGCUCAGUGCGCCUUCCAAGCCCAAUGCCAAGCGCUUUGCAGUGGUCAUAACAGACGGUCAUGUGACGGGGAGCCCCUGCGGUAGGAUCAAGGUGGCAGCAGAGCGGGCUCGGGAUGAAUUAAUUAAGAUGUUUGUCGUAGCGUCAUCCAAGAACCUUGACGAAACAGCACUGAGAGAGAUUGCCAGUUCUCCAGCUGGAGUUUAUCGCAGCAACUACAUGGCUGUCAACCUCACAGGUGCACGGCCCAUCAUUUUAACCAGCACGAUUGACCGCAUCUAUGACGCCAUGCUACAUCUAGCUUACCAAGAGUGCUAUAGCCUGAGAUGCUUGGAGACACCUGGGCCUGCAGGUCCACCGGGACACCGAGGACAGAAAGGUGCCAAAGGAGAUAAUGGUGAACCUGGUCUUAAAGGUGAUAGAGGCCGUCAGGGUGACCCUGGUAUUGAGGGUCCCAUUGGUCAUCCUGGAUCAAAAGGAGAACCUGGUUACAAAGGUGAAAAGGGAGAGAUUGGCACACAAGGAAGGAAGGGAGUGGCAGGGCUGUCUGGACGCAACGGCACAGAUGGUCAGAAGGGAAAGUUUGGUCGCAUCGGCGCCCCCGGCUGCAAAGGUGAUCAAGGUGACAAGGGUCCUGACGGUUAUCCUGGAGAUGUAGGAGACACUGGGCUGCCAGGAGGUGCCGGAGAGAAGGGAGAUCCAGGUCGCCCAGGUAGACCAGGACCCCUCGGCCCAAAUGGAGACCCUGGUCCUAAGGGUGAGAGAGGAAGUCCAGGAACACCUGGUCUCCCAGGGCAGAAGGGCUCUGCAGGAACACCAGGAGGCCCUGGCCCUAAUGGCGACUCUGGAAGAAGAGGAGACUUUGGACCAAAGGGAAGCCAGGGACCACCUGGGCAAAAGGGAGACAAGGGUGAACCAGGUUCUGAAGGUUUGAGAGGGCUUCCAGGUGAAGUUGGCAACAAAGGAACCAAGGGAGACCCAGGACUUCCAGGACCAAGAGGCCCACCAGGAGCUCCAGGAGAGCCUGGAAGAAAUGGUAGUCGUGGUGACCCCGGCGAUUCAGGCUUCAGAGGUGACCCAGGACCCCCAGGACCAAAAGGUGACCCAGGCAGAGUAGGAUUCAGCUACCCUGGAGCAAGAGGACCAACGGGAGACAGAGGAGAUAAAGGUAGACCUGGACCCAGAGGGAGCAGAGGAGAUUGUGGACAGAAAGGAGAGCCAGGCCAGAAAGGACCUCCGGGAGAGCCUGGAGAGGCUGGACCUCAAGGGGAGCCUGGACCAAGGGGGCCAAGAGGAGACCCAGGAAGAGACGGUGAUCCUGGUCCAGAGGGAGAUGCUGGCCUCACAGACUGCGAUAUCAUGAACUACAUCCGAGAGACCUGUGGGUGUUGUGACUGUGAGAAGAGGUGUGGAGCUCUGGACAUUGUAUUUGUGAUUGACAGCUCAGAGAGUGUGGGGCUGACCAACUUCACCCUGGAGAAGAAUUUUGUUAUCAACACCAUCAACAGAUUGGGUUCUAUAGCCAAGGACCCUAGCUCAGAGACAGGAACACGAGUUGGUGUUGUCCAGUACAGUCACAGUGGAACUUUCCAGGCCAUUCGUCUUAAUGACUCCAAGAUCGAUUCACUGUCAGCUUUCAAAGAUGCUGUGAAGCAGCUGGAGUGGAUUGCUGGUGGCACGUGGACUCCAUCCGCUCUGAAAUUUGCCUAUGACAACCUGAUCCGUGACAGUCGACGUGCCAAGGCUAAAGUAACUGUGGUGGUCAUCACGGAUGGUCGCUUUGAUCCCAGAGAUGAUGACUCUCUGCUCACAUACCUGUGCACAGACAGCGACAUCGAUGUGAGUGCCAUCGGUAUUGGAGACAUGUUUGAACAGCAAGAAGAGAACGAGAGUCUGAAGUCCAUCGCCUGUCAGAAGGAUGGAAGAGUGAUGGGCAUGAGACGCUUUGCGGACCUGGUGGCAGAGGAAUUCAUUGACCGGAUUGAGACUGUGCUUUGCCCAGACCCAGUGAUUGUCUGCCCUGACCUUCCAUGUAAAUCUGAGCCAGCAGUGGCCGGUUGUAUCCAGCGGCCAGUUGAUCUUGUGUUCUUACUGGAUGGCUCGGAGCGCAUGGGUCAGGAGAACUUCCGCCGUGCACGCGAGUUUGUGGAGAAGGUGGCUCAGCGUCUGACCUUGGCUCGCAGUGACCGCGAUGACAGGAACACCCGUGUGGCUUUGCUGCAGUACGGUGAUGAGAACAGUCAGGAAGUGGCUUUCCAGCUCACACACAAUUUCACCAUUAUCUCUGAUGGCCUAGCGAAAAUUAGGUACCUGGAUUCAGCCUCCAACGUGGGCAGUGCCAUUAUCUACGCCGUCAACAACAUCUUGAUGAGUGGAACCAGCCGACUGGCCCGCCGAAAUGCUGAAAUCUCCUUCGUCUUCAUUACUGAUGGCGUCACCAGCAAUAAAAAUCUGGAGGAGGGCAUCAGCGCCAUGCGCAGGAUGGAGGGCGUUCCCACAGUGAUCGCCAUGGGCAGCGAUGUUGACCAAGAGGUGCUGACGAAGCUCGCACUGGGAGACCAGUCCGCUGUUUUCAAGGGACAGGAUUUCACCCAUCUGUUCACACCCAGCUUCUUUGAGCGUUUCAUCCGAUGGAUCUGCUGAAAGUGGGAAUGGAUCUUAAGCUCAUACUAAUGGAGGGGAGGAAUUGGUGUGUUAUUGGAGUCAGCUUGGUCAUUAGGGUCAUUAGCAAUUUGAAGCAAUUUCAUUUAUAGCAGAAGUGGGUGGCUUUCAUGAGUAUUCUUGGAUUUCGGUUUCCUGACCCUGCAGGUUAAGUAGAAAGAGUGAUUUGUGGGUUGCAUCCUAAUCAUCAAGUUCAUUCCAUAAUGUUCCAGUGGACUUGGGCUAAAGGGGUAGGAAGACACUAAAAAAAUUAAAAGAUAAACACUUCAAAGAUUAUUUACUGAAUGUUUAACUUUUUGAUAAAGUUGCCAUUGUAAGGUUUUCUUUUUAUUUCUCUUUUUUUUUUUUAAAGAAGAGGGCUUUACCUGAAUUGUUUUGUAUUCACACUAAGGUGCUAAACCAGAGCAAGACUGGAGUUUUUUCCUGUAUGUCUUUGAAAGAAGUUGUAAUAAGUUGUCGCAUACCAGCUGAUAUUAUUUUAAUUCAGGGUUAAAUGAAGCCAUUUAGAUGAAAACACAUAUCGCAUAUCUCAGUCAUAGAUACAUAGUUGCCUCAGUAUGUUGCACUAGAUCAGGGAGUCUCAGUUCCGGUCCUUGGGUGCAGCACAAGUUAGUGCCUUGCUCAAAAACACCUGAUUUAAGGUAUCACUCAUUGUUUUGAUUACCAGAUUUAGAUGGUGUUUUAGAGCAAUGAAAGCAGCAAACUGUACCGAACCCCAGAGUUGAGCAGCCCUGUCCCAGCCUUAAUGAUACAGAUAAACUGAAGUAGUCUUUAUUUACUUCAUACCUGAUACAGGGACCCAGUCACACCACAGCUUUUACUCCAGUCACUGGGACAGAUCAAAAUCACCAUCACAGGUGCACUCUUGCUUUGAUACAUGCUUAUAAGAAGGUAGUAAAGUGUCUGUAUUAAAUGAAGUAUUAAAAGUAUGUUCACAUACAUUCACUAUAAAAGAAAGGAUGACCACAAUUGAAACGUUGUUUCUGAGUCUUUAAAGAGCACUGUAAUCAGAUGUAGUCAGUACAUUCUAGGAUGCCAUGAUGAUGACAUGAGUAUUUUGACAUGAUGUAGGACACCUGAAGGAUGAACCCCAUUAUAUUUGUCAACUUCAGUGUUAGUACAAUAAAACCAGCUGUGGUAAACUACA